UUCUGCACACCGUCCUUUAUAAAAGGUGUCUGGAGUUCAAACGCUUCGUUCUUCAUUCUGGAUUCGGUCCUGCGCGGUUAAGUUGUUCUGAUUUUCAGCCAGCCUGGAACCAAGCGCAGAUGUACGGAACACGCAUCAAUCCGCAAAGCCAAGGUGGCGGAAGCGUCAACCAGUUAGGAGGGACGUUUUUCAACGGCAGACCUCUUCCAGAAUCCAAGAGAAUGAAAAUGGUUGAGCUGGCAUCGGAGGGCGUUCGCCCAAGUGAAAUCUCCAGGAUUCUCCAGGUGUCCAAUGGGUGCGUCAGCAAGAUCCUGUGCCGCUACCGGCGCACAGGGCUGGUGAAGUCCGAAUCCAUUGGAGGGAGCCGCCCUCGGCUCCUCACCCCAGGCGUCAUCUCCACAAUCAUCCAGUGCAAGAGGGAGAGUCCGACUAUUUUUGCGUGGGAAAUACGAAAACGGCUUGCACGAAUGUUUAAAGCCACUAAAAUUCCUAGCGUGUCGUCCAUAAAUAGGGUUUUAAGAAGGAUCCACUUGGACCAUGGAACAAUGUGCAUGGAGGUCAACGCUCCCAUCAGGGCUGGAGAGGAUCGUCAUCCUGUGGUUGGAGAAGCAAAUGAGCAAGUGAUGAGCUCUGACGACCAGAUGUCUGAAGACGCCCGGCACAGGAACCGCACCACUUUCACCCCGGAGCAGAGCAGAGCACUCGAGCAAGAAUUCUCCCAGAGCCAGUACGUUGAUCUGUGCACAAGAGAGAAACUGUCGGCUGAAAUUAAACUUCCCGAGGACACCAUCAAGGUUUGGUUUUCAAACAGACGGGCUAAAUGGAGGAGGGAGACCAAACAGAGAAGUAGAGCCAAGACUUCAGGUUUGCAGCAGCAAAGAGGAUGGAUUCCUCUAAAUCCAGCCCAGUCACACAGCUUCACAUCGCAGGAACCGGGUAUAUUAAGAAUGAACUGUCAAAACAGCACUUUACCACCCAGAGUCACCAGGAAGCCACAAAAUGGUUUCUUCUGUAAAACAGCAGCCGUUCCUCAGCAGUUGUGUGACAUGUUGCCACGGACCGUGGACAGGACUCCACGCCAACUCCACAGAGAUGGAUUCUCCUUCCCUCUGCUGCAAGAUAACAUGUACCCAAGGACCACUUUCCAGCUGGCAUCUGAGAACUUCCGAGCGCACUGUCCAUCCUCCCAGCAAUGGAGCCAGCAGGCCGUGCCCUUUACGUGGAGCCAGCUUCCAACAAAUGAGAAGACCCCGUACCCCCAGGAUGUGCCUCUACCAGGGUGCAUGGUACGGAAGGGAGAAUGGACUUUCUAA